AUGGCCGUGAUAUCUCGUGCUCAGCUCCAAAGCGUCACCGCAUCGGGACGGGCGGUCAUCACAGACGUAAAGCACCUGUCGUCGUACAAUUGGAUCGAGGCACCCACCCCGACGAUUGUCGUUCCUGGCAUGCCGGCGCUGUGGAUGGCCCCCAAAGGCCCUCGGAGACUUGCAAGAGACUCUGGCUUCUUCUACACUGCGCAAAACGCUGCUCGCCAUCCGUACCACCCUCUCGAGCCCUUGUUUCGCUCCCUCUACGCCGAAGAUGAGUUUUUCGAUAUCAGUUCUGUCGGCGUAAUUACCGAAAGAAACAGUAUCCGCAAACUUCUCUCACUUAUUAUUCCGGACCCCUACAAGAGCGAAUCGAGUGCCUUUACCAUCGGCGUCGAGGUUAUAAAAGACACCGUCAUCUUCCGUCGAGAUGAAGCAGUCACGCACGAAAUUGUAGGGCCAGGGAGCUAUCGAGGUCACGGCCACGAGUUUGAAAAGGCGUACACGGUGAAUCGAGUCGAUGGGAGUACCGGGUAUCACAGAAUCAUUUCGUAUCAGUUUUGCGAUUUGAAGUUUCUUGUCUGCCACGAAACAGAUGCCUAUAUCGACGAGACAAACGAUUCUUGUGAGGGCACGAUGGUAGACCUGGCCACACCCCUUACUGCAUACACCAGCAUCAAUGACUCUAAGUUGCGAAUUGCGAAAGGGGGCAAGAUGGUUCCUCUCCAUACCGUUCUCGAAAUUAAGACUCGUACCAUGAGGAAGCCUCUUGCGAUUCGCGACGUGGCGCCACAAUUGUGGAUUUCCCAGACGCCGAAUCUGGUGCGAGCCCAUCACAAAUACGGUGAAUUCGCUAAAGCGCAGACUGAGAAUGUAGCUGCGCAGAUUCAAGAAUGGGAAAACGAAAACCAGCCUGCCUUGGAAAAGCUUGGUUGGCUGAUUAAGGAAAUAACUGCUAUUGCCAAAGAUUGUGGUGGUCAAGCCAAAGUCGAGUAUGACCCUCAAGGGGAUCGAUUGGUGGUUUCGGCAGAUUGCGGAAAGAGGAUGCUGCCCGCAGACUUGUACUCUAAAUGGAACAUGGAAUCAUCGUAUCGUGAGCCAGAAACGUCGAUUUUCGAGCAUGGAGGGGCUGAGUUCACGGAUGAGGUGAAGACGAAAAGAGAUUGA